CGCUUGAACUAUACAUGCGUUAUUAUUACUUUCAUGGUUGAUCGAUAUGGUAUUUAGACGUACCUUCUUGAUACGCUGACGGGUCCUUUAAUACUUCCCAUUUGAAAAAAAAAAUCAAGAAAUCAAGCGCAACCUGUUUGACGUUCUAGUUUGUUUCUGAGCAAGCUACUGUGAAAAGAUUGUUUUCAACUGUGCUUGUAAUCAAAUUAACUUAAGAACUACGAUUUUUCCCCUCCUUUCACCCUGUGUGACAAAAAGUAUUACUUCAAGUGAGAUAUUAUUACCCUUGGGAGUGGAACAAGUUUUGCCAUUUAUUUGCGCGUGACAGAGCUGACGGAAUCAUGCAGCGUUAAAUGGAUGGGUAAAGAUUCAUAUAAUACAGAUAUCUUGGCAGACAAAAACGACGAUCGUUAAAUACUGGAGUUAUCUAUCAGCUGUGUGUAGAGUAAGCCUGGUAGUGGUUGAGCUAACUCUACUAUCUGACGAUGCAUGCUUAGUGGCUCUUCCGUGAUAUUAACCAGUAAUUCAGUUUAUAUCCAUGAUGGGAUUUUCGGAUUCUCCAGUACAUUCUUCAUAGAAUUUUUUCCCUGUUUGUGCACUAUUUCUAUAAAUUUUACAAACUUAUUUGUCAAUAUUUUUCCCUGUAAAAAGGGAACUUGAAAUUUUGUUUGAUGUGUUUUCUCCACGGGAACGAAAAGAUGUGAUUUUCUCGAUGUGACCAAUGCCGAAACAUGGAUGGAAUACAAUUUUUCAAUGGUGUUUUCUUAUUCGUUUUGCUGAUCUCGGCGUUAUUAACUAAGGCUCAGUUUCAUGGUUUCCAAAGCUCAUCAGUCCGCCACCCGUCUUUCAAUCCAACCAAGCGUAACGUGACGUAUCACGUGGGAGAAACGGCGCUAUUACAGUGCUCGGUGGAGAAUCUUGGAACCAAAGAGGUGAUCUGGAAAAAUAGAAACCAAAAGCAUGUGAUUACAGUGGGGACAUUUGUGUAUAUUGGGAGUGGAGCAUACAGCGUUAGUCAUCCUGCCAACAGUCCCCACUACGACCUCGUUAUCAAAAACGUACAGCGAUAUCACGCGGGAGUUUUCGAAUGUCAAGUUAGCACGCGGGAAGAUAUGAGCAUUGAAGUUACGCUGAAUGUCAUUGAUCCACCUGUGAAGCCAACCUACUCAUCUUCAUCAAGAGCAUCCAAACCAGCCAUGACUCUUUCCGGAACCGAGUUUGUAGACCAAGGCGACCCCAUUAAACUUUCCUGCAACGCCACGGGUGUUAAACACGCACCGGAAGACGUCGACUGGUUUUUUGACGGACUCAAAAUUCAAAGCAGUGUUGAAGAGGAAAUUGUUAUCACAAAAUUUCACAGUCCAGAAACAAGGACUCUGAUUAGUACUUUAGAAAUUGAACGCAGUAAAAUGAAACAUUCAGGAAUCUACAUCUGUAGAAGUACUGAUGGAAUAAUUAAAAGUCACACUGUGCAAGUAAUUAAUGCAACGAGUAAAAAUAGGAUAAGAGCAGUGGUAGCUACAGGAGGUAAAAGUGAUGAUAGGAGGGAUCGACAUGUUGCAGAACAAACUGACAACAAGUGUUCAUUAUUAACAAUGUAUUUACCUACUUUUGUGUUACUUUCGACAUUAUCCUCAAUAUAUAUCUAUCUACCAAGGUGAAUCGUGCAGAUUAGCCCGCGAAGAAAAUGUUUCCUACCCAGGUCUUUCAGGAAUGAAAAGACCCCAUUUUGAAUCUACAUCGAGACUGACGAUAGUGAAAACGAGACAGACUUCUUUUUGGUGGUUUUUAUCGUACAUAAAAGUUCGAUAGAAAACACUGUUUCAGAUCAAACUUAGGACAGGACAAGUGAUUGAGGAAUAUUUGUAGCGAAUGUGACCUCUAGGAUGCAGAACUAUGGACAGCACCAGACUGAGCGAGGGCUCUGGCAGAUUGUGAUAUUAAAAUAAAACAUGAAUUUUAUUCCAUUUCAGUCGUGUGCAAUAUUUCAUUGUUCAUUUUUUGUCAUUCAUUUUACAAGUUCUUAUUGAAAUCAUUACAUUGUACAUUUUUAUAAAAGAGAAAAAAAUCAUUCCAUAUGUGCAUAUAACAGUCUUUAAUUGUUGUGUUACAUAGCAUUAUCUUAACACACUGUGAAAAAAUGGCUAUUAGACUGGUUGUCAUCCCUGUCAUUCGUAAUAUUUAUAUGCUUUUAAUUUAUUGCAUUUAUGUCAGUGAAGCAAUGCUACAUGUAUAUAGAGGGGUUAGUAGAAAUUACUACACUCAACAAUGUAUUUCCCAGUAGAAUCAAGAUAUACCGGGGUAUCUGAUUUCAAUGAAAGGCGUUUUUUAACAUGAUUUUUAUCAUUUUUAAUUAUUUAUGUUUAAAUAAUACGACUGUUCACAAGUCAACUAUCAUUAAUACCCAUCUUUCUUUGUCAAAAUACUUUAAGUGACUUCUGUUUACUGAAAUAUUGCAUCAAAAUGUGUCAUUGAAUAUUUAUUAUUACUCUUGCAACACACUUCUUGAUUCUGUUAUUUGUUGUACAGAGUGUGCAUUAGUUUUAAGUUAACAAAGAAAUUAAUAUGUAGAUGUGAUCAUGUGGUGAAGUCAAAAAAUAAAGUUAUAUAAAAAAUUAAA